AUGCGUUUCUCAGGAGCUGCACUUGCAGCAGGUCUGCAAUUGCCCACGGCGGCUUUGGCCAGCCAUGGCAGCCAAAAGCCGUUGGGAGAUGACCGGCUGGACAGCACACCGGCAACCAAGGGGGGCAAGCAGCCGAAUAUUGUCUUCAUCCUGACCGAUGACCAAGAUUUGCACAUGAACUCCCUCGACUAUGUCCCCCUGAUCAAGAAGCACCUUCUCGACGAGGGCACCCUCUACAAGCGCCAUUACUGCACCACAGCCAUCUGCUGCCCCGCCAGAGUAUCUCUCUUGACCGGCCAGCAAGCUCACAACACUAAUGUCACCGAUGUCAACCCUCCACAUGGUGGCUAUCCCAAGUUCAUCAAUCAAGGGUUGAACAAUAACUACCUCCCAAUCUGGCUUCAGGAGGCCGGCUACAACACCUACUACACCGGCAAGCUGUUCAACGCCCACACUGUCGAGAACUACAACUCGCCCUACCCGGCCGGCUGGAACGGCUCCGACUUUCUCCUGGACCCAUACACCUACAACUAUCUCAACUCCUCCUUCCAACGGAACCAGGACCCCCCCAAGAGCUACGAGGGAUUCCACUCUGUCGACGUCCUCGCGGAGAAGUCCCUCGGCUUCGUCGACGAAGCCGUCAGAGCCGACGGCCCCUUCUUCCUCGGCAUCGCCCCCGUCGCUCCCCACAGCAACGUCGAGUCGAACACUCUUGGGGAUGACAUGGGCGACGACUGGGGCAACCUCCCCGACAUUGAGGAGUUCGCCAAGUUCGGCCCCCCCGUCCCGGCAAAGCGCCACGAGCAUUUGUUCAAAGACGUCAAGAUCCCCCGGACCCCCAACUUCAACCCUGACAAGCCGACGGGGGCGAACUGGGUCCGGCUUCGCAAGAAGCUCAACCAGGAGAAUAUUGACUACAAUGAUCACUUUUACCGCCAGAGGCUUCGCACCCUGCAGUCGGUCGACGAGCUGGUUGCUUCGGUUGUGGGGCGGUUGGAGGAGCAUGGCGUUCUGGAUAAUACGUACAUUUUUUACACGACCGAUAAUGGGUAUCAUAUCAGUCAGCACCGUCUUAAUCCUGGGAAGGAGUGCGGGUUUGAGGAGGAUAUCAACAUCCCGCUUAUCAUUCGCGGUCCUGGCGUGGCGAAGGGGGUGGUUUCGGAGAUUGUCACCACGCACGUUGACUUGGCGCCUACGAUUCUUAACAUUGUCGGUUUGCCUCACCGAGCGGACUUUGACGGUGAGGCGAUUCCGCUGAGUCGGAAGGACAUUGAGGACACGGUCAAGACGAGACACGAGCAUGUGACGGUGGAGUUUUGGGGGUUUGCUGUUUCGGAGGGGGGCAAGUUGUUUGAUGAGGAUGAGGAGAGGUUGACGCUGAAUAACACGUACAAGGGGUUGAGGAUUAUUGGGAGGGGGUAUAAUUUUUAUUACGCGGUUUGGUGCAAUAAUGAGCAUGAGCUUUAUGAUUUGAGUACUGACCCCUACCAAAUCAACAAUUUGCUUCAUCCUACGACUACCAAGCCCAAGACUCUUCUUGGGGUGGAGUUUCACAAGGUGAUUGCCCGGUUGGAUUCUUUGUUGUUUGUGCUCAAGUCUUGCAAGGGGAGGACUUGUGUCAGGCCGUGGGAGGCGCUGCAUCCGCAGGGGAAUGUGGCCAAUUUGCAUGAUGCGCUCGGGAAGAGGUUUGAUGUUUUUUAUGAGCAACAGCAGAAGAAGGUUAGGUUUGAUAGGUGCGAGUUGGGGUAUAUUGUUGAUGCCGAGGGGCCACAGUUCGAGAUGGAUGGGGUCGUGUAUACAGCGGGGGCGGAGGGGGGGUAUAAGAGGGGGGGGGUCAGUUGGAGUGAGUGGACUUAA